UGAUCAAGCAACUUUUCCCUGUAGUAACCUUUCCUGAUUGGGUGAUGACACGCAUACGCACCCCAGUAGAUGGGGGAGGAUGUGUCUGAGAAGCGAGAGCUUCGGAGAAACAUAUUUAUUUGGAUGAAAAUAUGUGAUAAUAAAAAUAGUAGAAUCUUCAAAAGGAACACAACCGGGAAAAAACGCAGCAGCUAGGAUUUCAAUAACAGUGAGUCACAACAGCGUUGACUCAUUCAUUUCCACACACCACACAAAUGCACUGCCAAAGCACGAGCUGCAGUUACUACCCCGCACGCCAGCAGCGCUGGGAGCAGGGUUUUGUUUUUGCCCGUGUGAGUGUGUGUGCACGUACAAAAUAAGUCAACAAUGCAUUGAUGGAUUUUCGCCAGACUUCAAAACACAGCUCAUAUCACAGUUUCACAUUUCAUCUGUGCUUUUGAAAACCCACAUAGUUCUUGUUAAAUAUGUGUGUGGGACGUUUUAUAGCUGCUUGCUGCUCGUGGCCAAACUCUGAGCAGCAUCUGAGUUCAGUAUUUGUGAAACUGCUCCGUCGAUAAAGCUCUGAGUUCCCCUUUUUUUUGGAAAGUUGUAAUCUGUUCCGUUUUGAAAGCUCUGAUGUUCGCACGCAUUCGCCGUCCGAAACUAACGUCGGGGAGUCCAUCGUAGCAUGUUCACAUUUUAGAUAAAUGUGGUGCAAAGCUGUGGUUUUUUUUGACCGUAACUCGUUGGAAAUCAGUAGUGUCGUUCGUGGUUAGCACGAGCAGGCUAAGCUAACAACACGGAAGUUCUUCUUCUUCUUCUCUGGUGUAUGGGGGUCGCAAACCAACGUUUUACGGUGCAUAGCGCCACCAACUGUACCGGAGUAUGUAACCACAGGCUUCGUAAACUUCAGGUUACAUUCGUAGAUCAAAAUAAUAUGUAUAAUUAUACUGAAACAAAGACAAUCAAAGAAACAAAAAAUAUAUAAGAAAAAAAGGGCAUUUUUUUUAAUCUUAUCACGUAAGAUUUUCCUCUCCAAAUCAUAUUUGUCACACCUCAAAAUUACAUGUUCAACCUUUUCAACUACAUUACAUUUUGGACACUCUGUCGCCACCCAGCGGCGGCAGACGAACCAAACGUCACACACCUUCGUGGUGCACACAACUCUUAACUAGCAACAGUCAAUGACUCGAAUAUUGAUAAUAAUGUAUGUAAAAGAAAAAACGGGGGAUAAUUUGCUAUUUGUAGCGAGUUUCUUUUUAAGGUUAGUAGUUCCUAUGUGUAGUUCACGUAACGGAAAUUGCUUCUCAGAGCUUAUGAUUCUUUGAAAAUAUUUGAAGACUGACCUCUAUAAACUCUUAUGCGUUCAGGGAAUCUACUUUUCAUAAUUAUUUAUGCUAUUACAAAUAUUUAUUUUAUCAUUAUUUAUUUUGCAUAUUAUUUAUUUUUUAAUUUGUUGACACUUGUUUAAUGUAUCCUUAUGUGCCUUGAAUGUUUUAGUAAGGGUUAAUAUAAAAAUCUUAAUGCCAAAUCUUCUGUAUAAUGAUCUUUGUUCAAUUAAAAACAAAACAAAACGUUCACAUAACGGACAUUUCCCAGGAGCCCCCGCGGCGAACAAACCCACAGUGGCAGUUUAACCUGAAAAAACAGGUGGGGGCACUGGUUUCUGGUCCGCCACUAAAAUCAGAGAAGAAGAAGAAGAACAACAACAACAUCAACAACAUGAAAUAUGGGACUGAGAGAACACGACUCUAUCAAAGAAUGAGAAAGCUCAAAAUUAAACUGAAUAUUUUGGACAUUUUACAGCAAGAUUCACAGAACGAAUUCUAUAGUCAUUUAAUACAUUACCUCAGGGAAAUGAAGGUGUUAGGGAGAAUCUAAUUGUAUUGUACAUUUUUGUUUUGUUUUGUUUGGUUUGGUUUGGUUUGGUUUGGAUUUGUUUGGUUUGGAUUUGUUUUUAGUGAUUCAGAUCCACAUUCCUCACCAGUUGGUGGUGGUAAUCGCCAUUUCGUUGUUUGCCAACCGCCAUAAGAGAAGAAGAAGAAGAAGUAGUAGCAGUAGUAGUAGUAGUAAUAGUAGUAGAAGAAGAAGCGGAAGAAUAUCGAACAGGCGUACGACAGAAUCAUGAAUUACGCACGGUUUCUGACGGCUGUCAGUGCGGCCAGGAAACCCUCUCCCAUCAUGAUGCUGACGGAGCUGCAGAUGCGGUCGCCCCCGACCCUGAUCUCUCUGGCCGGAGGAUUGCCGAACCCCAACACCUUCCCCUUCGAGUCGGCGUCCAUCACGGUGACGAACGGACAGACGGUCACCUUCGACGCGGCGACGAUGAAGAGGGCCCUGCAGUACUCCUCCUCAAGUGGGAUCCCCGAGCUGCUGACGUGGAUGAAGAACCUGCAGAAGGACCUCCACAACCCCCCGACCGCCGCCUACACCCCCGAGAAAGGCCAGAUGGACAUGUGUGUGACGACGGGGAGCCAGGAGGGGCUCUGCAAGGUGUUUGAGAUGUUGGUCAACCCUGGAGACAACGUUCUGCUGGAUGCGCCCACGUAUUCGGGCACACUGGCAGCGCUUCAGCCGCUCAGUUGCAACCUGAUCAACGUUCCCAGCGACCAGCACGGCAUCAUACCCACCGCCCUGAAGGAGGUCUUGUCUCGGUGGGACCCGUCGGAGGUGCACGAGCCCGGCAGCACCGCUCCCAGAUUCCUCUACACCAUCCCCAAUGGAGGAAACCCCACCGGUGCCUCCAUGACGGCUCAGAGGAAGAAAGACGUGUAUGAGCUGGCCAGGCAGUACGACAUGCUCAUCAUCGAGGACGACCCGUACUAUUUCCUGCAGUUUGACAAGCAACCGUGGACUCCCACGUUCCUCUCCAUGGACGUCGACGGGAGGAUCAUCAGGACAGACUCUUUCUCUAAGAUCUUGUCUUCGGGACUGAGGAUCGGUUUUGUGACGGGUCCCAAGCCGCUGGUGGAGCGAGUGGUGCUGCACAUCCAGGCCUCGACGAUGCACACCAGCACCUUCACGCAGCUCAUGGUGUCUCAGCUGCUGCACAGCUGGGGCCGGGAGGGCUUCCUCCAGCACAUAGACAGGUUGAUUGAGUUUUACAGGAAACAACGUGACGCCAUGAUCACCUCUGCAGACAGAUGGCUCAAAGAUGUAGCAGAGUGGCACGCCCCGUCAGCAGGCAUGUUCCUGUGGAUCAAACUAAAGGGCAUCAGCGACACCCAGAAGCUCAUCAUGGAGAAGGCGUUGGAGAAAGAGGUGCUGCUGGUUCCCGGAGGCGUCUUCAUGAUCAACAGUAACGAGGCCUGCGCCUACAUCAGAGCCGCCUUUUCUCUCUCCUCGCCAGAACAAAUGGAUGAGGGAUUCCGGAGACUCUCUUCACUCAUCAAAGAAUCCUUAUGAUGACUAUGAUAUUGUUUAAAUUUUUCAAGCUUACUGUUGCGUUUGAAUAUAUUUUUAAUAUAUAUAUAUAUAUUCAGUCAUAUACAUCUAAACCAGUCAAAUGUUUGUUUGGCUGAAAUGUCCAUUCAACAUGAUGGCGACACUCCUGAGAGACGCUUAGGAGCAAUGAAGAAAAGAAAAAAAAUGAAUCAUCGCAUUGUAAAGUUCAUAAUUUGCUUCUCUGUCAUUGCACUACACAGUGGAGAUGUUUUUAUCUUUGAUGUACAACAAGUAAAAAAAAAGCUUUUGAAUUA